UCCUAAAACUCUUCGAAGCGUAUCUGAAGAGGCCAUGGAUGACAUCGAGGAGCGCGACGAGGCGUACUCCUUGAGCGUUCCUUCCGAUGGCUCUGCAGCCAUCCUCAAAGCCAAUUCCUCUCUUGGCUUGUUCAGAGGUCUUACCACAUUCUCUCAACUUUGGUACGAGUAUGAUGGCACCACCUACAACCCAGAGGCUCCCAUCGAAAUCACUGACUGGCCUCUUUACCCGUAUCGUGGAUUUAUGUUGGACACCGCUCGCAACUACUUCCCUGUUUCUGAUAUCAAGCGUCAAAUCGAUGCUAUGAGUUGGGUCAAGAUCAACACCUUCCACUGGCAUGUAGUCGACAGCCAAAGCUUCCCUCUGGAAAUCCCUGGUUUCGAACAGAUCGCAAGCAAGGGAGCAUACUCGUCAACGAAUGUAUACACCAAGUCGGACGUUGAAGAUAUCAUUAACUAUGCCGCUGAGCGUGGUAUAGAUGUCAUUGCUGAAAUUGACACGCCAGGUCACACUGCGAUCAUCGCCGAUGCUUACCCUGAGCAUGUCGCGUGUCCUCAAUCCACCCCAUGGGCCACCUUUGCCAAUGAACCUCCUGCCGGUCAACUGAGAUUUGCUGCACCUGAAACUGUCAACUUCACAGCUGAGCUCAUUUCCGCUGCUGCGAAGCUCUUCCCUUCCAAGUAUUUCAGCACUGGCGGUGAUGAAAUAAACCAAGAAUGUUACACUCAGGAUGCGCAGACGCAGCAGAUCCUGAACUCGACUGGUCAGACCUUCACCGAAGCACUGAGCACGUUCACCAAAUCUUCACAUGAUGCAUUGGAAGAGCAAGGCAAAACACCCAUUGUUUGGGAAGAGAUGGUCCUCGACUUCAAUGUUACUACGCUGUCGAACAAAACCAUUGUCAUGGUUUGGAUCUCCUCUGAUGAUGUUGCAGCUGUAGCACAGAAAGGAUACAGACUUGUUCACGCCGCUUCUGACUACUUUUACUUGGACUGUGGAGGAGGCGGAUGGGUUGGUAACAACCCAGACGGUAACAGUUGGUGUGACCCUUUCAAGACAUGGCAGAAGUCUUAUACCUUCGAUAUAACUGCAAACUUAACCGAGGCAGAAAGCCAGCUCGUGCUCGGUGGCCAACACCUUAUUUGGACUGAACAGACGUCACCUCAUAACAUUGACCCCAUUGUCUGGCCUCGUGCUGCUUCGUCGGCUGAGCUGUUCUGGUCGGGUCCUGGCUUGAAUGUCAGCGCAGCACUGCCCCGCCUCCACGACGUGGCCUUCAGAAUGUCGAACCGUGGCGUCAAGGCCAUCUCUCUCCAGCCGCUGUGGUGCGCGUUGAGGCCUGGACUGUGUGAUCUGACUGCUUGAUCCCAUGUAAAGUUGAAAUGCAAUGGAGGACCUGGACCGAAUCUAGUCUAUGCUACUAUCUAUUUCUUUUCGCUCCAUUAUAAAACUUAUUGUGGUUAUAUUGAAGUAUUAAUGGCAUAUAAUAUUCACUAGGAUGGCGCAUGAGCGCC